AUGGCCGCUCGAAAGGAAGCCGCCGACUUCAAUGCGAUUAUCCAAGCUGAUCGCAGAAGAAAGCAGAAUGAAGACCUUGCAAAUCAGCUUCUCGGUAAGAACCGACAAACUAAUGGGGGCGCCGCGAGGGGCGCAAAGAAGUCACAGGAUGCAAAGCCCGGCAGCCUCGCCAGUCGCAUUGGAGUCGCCAAGCGCUCAACCACUGCACCCUCGAACCCUAGGCUCGUUUCCAAGCCCGUCGUUCACCAAGCCCGCCCGAAGGCGCGUCAGACCGACCGACCUGCCGCGAAACAGCGUCGUCCCGAUGAGCAGCGCCUACUCUCAGCACUCCUUCCGGACAGUGGACAAGCGACAGUACGAGGCAACAAAGUGGGAAUGACCAUCAAGGGGGCUGGUUCAGGGCCUUCGGUUGUCAUCGGCAGCAACUUCGCACCGGGGACCACUGCGGCCGACAUCCAGGCGGCUCUAGAGCCCGUAGCAGGGCAAAUCCUCAGCUGUUUGGUGAUAACGCAACACCCAGCGGUGUCGGCAGAAAUUACCUUUGCAGAGAGGCAGGGUGCAGACAGUGCAAUUGCCAACUUCCAUAACCAGAGAGCUGAUGGCCGAAUCAUCUCGAUGCGCCUGAAACCACUCGGCUUCGGUACCGAUCACGGUGCGCCCAACUCCAAGAACCAGAAGGACCCUUUUAACAACCUUCGGGAGCAAGCAGACCAGGAACGCCGCCAACACCGGUCCAAUGAUCCGACGGUUCAAGAUGGAAACUAUGGCUUCAACGAGCAGAACCAAGCAGUCGAGCCACACAGACCGCGUGGCAACAACCGCAGAUGGAACAACAGAGGUCACCGAAGCGGGCCUCGACAUGGCGGGCCGUCGUAUCAGGAUACGCAAGAGACAGGUCUUUACAGUGAUCAGAUGAUGGUGGACGCGCCGCAGCAGAACCUACAGCCCCAGGGCCGGCCGCUCAGAAAACGCGCAACCCCGACGCAUACUUCCCUUCUCUGCCCACGAAGAUGUCAAUCCACAUUCGACAACAAUCGCCAGUGGUCGACCCCACUUGCGCAGACCUUGGCUAAUGCCAUGAAGGUCACAGGCCCCAUUCCCAUCGCAGCCUUUAUGCGCCAAGUCCUCACCUCUCCGGAAGGGGGAUACUACACCACCCGGCCCGCGGGCGAAGGCGAAGUCUUCGGCAAGAAAGGCGACUUUGUAACCUCGCCGGAAAUCUCGCAAGUGUUUGGCGAGUUGGUGGGUAUCUGGACGAUCACGGAAUGGAUUGCACAGGGGCGGAAGAGAAGCGGGGUGCAGCUUAUGGAGGUUGGGCCGGGGAAGGGGACAUUGAUGGAUGAUAUGUUGAGGACAUUCCGCAACUUCAAGAGCUUCGCAUCGAGCAUCGAGGCGAUAUACCUGGUCGAGGCGAGUUCGACAUUGAGAGAGGUCCAGAAGCGGCUGCUCUGUGGCGAGGAUGCUGUGAUGGAAGAAACGGACAUUGGCCACCGGAGUGUGUGCAAGUACUUUGACGUGCCGGUGAUUUGGGUGGAGGAUAUCCGGUUGCUGCCGCACGAAGAGAGCAAAACACCCUUCAUAUUCGCACACGAAUUUUUCGACGCAUUACCGAUCCACGCCUUCGAGUCCGUGCCCCCGUCCCCGGAGAACGCGCCCAAAGACGAAGUCAUGACGCCCACGGGCCCCGCAAAGCUCCGGAAACCACUUAAAGCUGCGAACCAACCGCAAUGGCGAGAGCUCUUGGUGACGCUCAAUCCCAAGGCCGUCGAGGAAAACAUCGAGGGGGAACCGGAAUUCAAGCUGACGUUGGCCAAGGCGUCUACACCAUCUUCCCUCGUCAUUCCCGAGAUCUCAGAGCGGUAUCGCGCGCUUAAAUCCCAGCCGGGGUCCACAAUCGAGGUCAGUCCCGAGAGUCGAAUCUAUGCCUCUGACUUUGCCAGGCGGAUUGGCGGCGCCUCGGAACCGCCUCGCACAGCUACGAAGAAGAAGGACGCCACUGUUGCUACGGACGGUGCAAUGCCGGCUGCGGCGAAGCGCGUGCCCUCUGGUGCGGCGCUGAUUAUGGAUUACGGGACUCUUGCUACAGUGCCCAUCAACUCGCUGCGCGGGAUUCAGCACCAUCGGACCGUGCCGGCGCUCUCCGCUCCGGGACAGGUCGAUGUUAGUGCUGAUGUGGAUUUCACUGCGUUGGCUGAGGCGGCCAUCGAAGCCAGCGAGGGGGUCGAGGUUCAUGGUCCGGUGGAGCAGGGCGACUUCCUGCAUGCGAUGGGAAUUGUGGAGCGGAUGCAACAACUGCUCAAGGGUGUGAAAGAUGAGGAGAAGCGCAAGACGUUGGAGACUGGCUGGAAGAGGCUGGUUGAGAAGGGCGGCGGUGGCAUGGGCAAGAUUUACAAGGUCAUGGCUAUCGUCCCGGAGAAUAAUGGUAAGCGCCGUCCAGUUGGUUUCGGAGGAAACAUUAUGGCCUGA